UAAGAUUAAGGAAGGAGACUGGUACGUGCUAUCAGAUGUUAGAGUAAUUAAAGGCCAACAAUCACUUAGAAACUCUAACCAUCCGUUUCAAAUCAAGUUCAUGAACCAAACAGACAUGGUUCCAAUACCUCCAAGAAGCAGUGACAAUUUCUACCGUCUUAUUGAUUCAUCAAUGAUGCAGAAUUUUUCACCAGAAGAGAAGAACUCUUGUGUUGAUUUUUGUGGAAUGGUAUUGCAUGUAAAUGAGCCUCAGAAGAUCAAUUUCAUCGAACGUCAAAAUGGGUACACGUCCAUUAAUCAAGUUGUGAAAUUUACCGUUCUUGACACAAUUGGGCAAGAGAUCAAAUGUGUUGCAGUUGGCGGAGCUUCUGUUGAAUUUAUAAAGGAAUGGGAGAAAAUUGUUUUCUCUCCAACCUAUUGUAAUGAACCAGUGUUGUGUACACUUUUGUUUUGGAGGAUCUCUGUAUUUGAAGGUACUGUAUAA